UUAAACUCCGUUUAUGUUAAGGGCUGCUUAUAAAAAACUAUUAUUUUCUCCACGUGUUUGGCGCGCGUGCAGUUGCGGUUGCUAAGCUGCACAACGUGCUAAAGGAGCUAGCUGUGUUGUUAGCUAACUUAGUUUUGAACAAAGCGUAGCGUAUUUUGCAGCUUUGUUUUAGCGUGCUUAUAUGCUUUUAGUGUCAUAUCUUUUGGAUAUAAAUUGUAUCCAUGUAAGAUAUGAAUUGUAUUAAUAUAAACAAAUAGCAAAGGUGUUUGUUACCCCUGCGUUGGCUUUACUACUAGCUCAGAGUGUUUAGCCUGGAUGGCGGGUUGUGGAGAGAAGUGGGCGUGUAAUAAGCUCACUCUGCUUUAAUAUUUCGGUAUUUUAAUUAAUGUAAAAUAUAUCAGCGCUCAAUCAAUAAAACAACAUUCUAAAGUGAGAACUACUACAUAUCACUUAAUAAUUACUUCCGUCUUAUAAACAUAUAUUGUUUAAUUGCUUUUUAAUCACCCACUUCCAUCUACAUUCAUCAGUUUAUGCUGUAGAGUAAGAGAGGACUAUUUGAGAUGACUUCAUCAGAUUAUAUUAAGAUCCUUUGACGUAGGUUGCAAUUAUUUCACCUUAUUACACACUUUUCAUUGAAGUCUAUCUCCUCUAAUGUCGGUGUAGCCCUGCAGAGGUCAGAUGUACAUGUUAAACAUGUCCUGUUUAUCUUUUUUGACUUUGAGAAUGAAUGUGUAAGGAAUAACUCUACCAGUAAAUGAUUGCUGGCUCGAGAAUAAAGCUACUGCACAACUGUCACAACACUGCACUUUUACAGCAUUGGUAAAAAAAAAUAUAUAUAUUUUUUGUUAACAUGGGUUAGUGACAGUUUAUCUCUUUCCUACAAUAAGACUCUAUUUUCUUAUAUUCAGCUGACGAUACCUUUAUAACUCCAAUAACAACAAAAAAUAUAUAUAAACAAAUAAAAAAAUUGUUAUAAAAGGCAUUUAACAUCAUAAUCCUGUACAGAAGACUAGAUGUUGUACUAGGGCUGCAAAAUAUACUUUUAAAUAAUCACAACAAUUUUGACACACAUUGCAAAUUAAACUGAUACAUUUAAACCAGAAGUUUUAUUUGUUUUUUUAAACAGUAGGUGGUAUUUGUAGUGUUGGCACAGGUAGAUCCGUCACAGACGUGUCACAGGCGAUCCUCGCUGAACGUUGGCAGCAGCAUCAACUUUUUUGAAUCAUCAAUUUUUAUGUCAUACCUUGAGCGUCACAGGCGUUCCUCACAAUGUAACAGCAACAUGUAACGCUAAUUCGGCUUGAGCUCAUGAUUAAAGCAUUUUAUAAGUUGGUUUAACCAAAACAUGAAAAAGGAAAAGAUUUUUGCUUGCAGGCAUCAGGAUCUGAACGUGAGCGGAUCCUUGGAUAAGCAACACGUAUCUGUCAUGGCCUAAAGCAUACUAUUAUAACCAUCAUGGGGAAAACCCAGACCUGCAUUUUGUGUGAAAUUGUCUACAACUCCAAACAGGAGAUGGAUGAGCAUAUGAGAAGUAUGCUGCAUCAUCGGGAGCUGGAAAAUCUUAAAGGCCGGGACUGCGGGCAUGAGUGCCGGGCGUGUGGGGUGACUGUGGUAAGCCUCACAGAGUAUGCAGAUCACAUCUCCAGCUCCAUGCACAAACAGCGUUUGGAAGCCUAUGACCACAAGAUUUCUAAAACGGACCAGGAUGAGGACUACUUUGAUAAGGAGAUGGUGGAGCUCAUUGAAAAACGCAAAGAGUUCAUCAGACAAGAGGAAGCGACUUUGAAGAAGGCCAGAGAGGAACAGGAGACCGUGAAAAAGUGGCAAGAGAUAAAGGAACGCUGGCAUGACCAUAGGCAGUGGCGCCAUCAGCAAGGUAACUCUUGGGGGCCAAAAGUUUCCAAUUUUCCCCCGGUUUCCAGAAAUGGGUUAAAUACUAACUUGCAAGAACCACAUAGGCCAACUGAGUUUGAUCGAGACAACUGGAACAGAAGGCAGAUUAGGAGUGCCACUUGGCAUGCUGAAGGGCCUCCUGACUUGCAGAGAUGGGAAUCCUUUGAUGGCCGAGGUGGAAGCUUGCACAGUAGAGGAAACUACUGGGGAGGAAAUCAGGGCAUGUUGCCAGGUUUCUUUUCACCGCAGAGACACCAGUCAUCCUGGUCCAAUAAAGAAGCCAACAGAGGGGACUUUGACAGACAAAAUGACUUGCAUUGGCAACGUUCCAAAGCUAAUCAUUGCACUGCAUCCUCAAAGACAAAUUAUAUUCAGAAAGCGCAUAACAGCAUUGAGAACCAGAGAAGGUCCUACCAAAGACAGGAAGGUUGUGGAGAGAAUGAUUCUGGAAAGGGCAAAGGUAAGUGUGAGAAGACCUGUCGUUGGGCACCAUAUCCUUCAGCUUUGCUUGGAGAUUCUUUAUCUCAAAGUGAUGUCCAGCCUGUUGACUCCCCUGGCCAAAGUAAAGAAAGAGGUUUGAAUGCAAACAGCCAAGCCUUGGAGGGCCGGUCACAAAACAAUCUUGGGAGUAGCAUUCUUGAAUCAUUAAAACCCCAGAAAGAAUAUGAAAAAGAGUACAUAAAGCAAAGCACCGGUCCGAGUAAGAGAAAUGAAAGCAAUGGGAAAACGCAAAGACCAAGUCACACAUCAUCUUCAUCCUUGCCUGUACUUAUCCAGAGACUUGAGAGGCCCACCAAACUUUCUGAAAAAACGGUUGCUGCUAACACUGGUUCUGUAACGAAUCUCAGUCGAACAUCAAGUCAAGACUCUGUUAACUCUAAACCUUCUAAGCAUUCUCACUCAGGCUCCCAGUCUCCACUAGCUGCUGCCUUUUGCCAAGAGCAGGAACAUCUACUUUCUGAAAUGCUGCGCAGAGCAAAGGAGAACCUUUUAAAUAAACAAGCCUCUGUAGAAAGGUCUGCUACAGUGGACACCCUUAGAGGCCCUGAGCUACAUAUCCAAGAAGAUGAGUUGAGAGAAGUUUCAGAGCAAAGUAGUUCAAAAGAACAUUGUAAAAGUAAGAGGAAAUCAAAUGAGUUCAAUGGAAAAAGAAAAGAAGAGCAGCAUAAUGGAAGAAGAAGAGAAGAGGAGCACAAUGUAAGAAGGAAAGAAUGGCAACCCCUCAGAACUGAGAUUGCUGUGCAGUCUGGCUGCUCAACAAAAGACAUCAAUCUGCUGUCUUUGCAAUCGCUGCAGGUCAGCACCUCCACCAUGGAUCAGGAAGACGAGGAGGAAUGUGCUGAAAGAAAAGAUGAUGAUGUCUGUGAUCAGGGAAUGCAAGCUAUGGAUGAAGGUGUUAUCUCUGAUAGUGAGGGCAGCCGCACCAGCCACUCUCUUACCACAAGUGGAUGCCCUGUGCCUUCCCUGAAAAAGCUGGCCCUGCCUGCUAGUCUCAAGCGGGACCUGAACCGACACAUUGGCAGCAAAGCCAAAGGAGUUGCCCAUGAGCCUAACCUGAACAUUGCACGGCGUUUUAGAAAUGUAAGUGGCGCACGGGAGAGUGAGAAAGACAAUGCCCUGAAGCCCACUCUGCGGCAGCUCAUCAGCUCAUCUUCGUCUAGAAGAAAUGUCAAUUGGGACCAGGUAUAUCAGGAGGUCCAUCGCAAGAAGCAGGAGCAGGGCAAAGGUUUGCCAAGGUUUGGAAUAGAGAUGGUACCCAUUGAGUCUGAAAGUGCAAGCCACAUGCACGAUGAUGAUGUUCCCCUAUGUGAGGGCUUCCAGUGGGAAUCUGUAGCUGGUUCCAGUGCAGUAUCUGUAGGUUCACGUAAGCGCAGCAUGUCAGAAAGUAGUGUGGUCACUCAUGGCACCAGAGCAUCCUGUUCAGCCCUCAGAGCCGCAGAACCAACCUCUGUGAUCAACUUAGAAGACUGUGGCAACCCAAGACUUCAAGUUGUUUACUCGCCUAUGGAGGAGGACUGUGAUGAUCGAAGGGAUAUUGAGGGCAUAGGUGAGGCCAAGGGACACAUGAAGCACAUGGAGACACAACAACCUAUUCAGGACACAGAGCCUGUGGAUGGCGAGAGUAGUUGCUUUUCAAGUGCUGAGCUGAACGGAGGGAAGAAACGCAGAGCAGUGGGGGAUGUGACAUCUCCAGAAAUUUUGAAUUCAGAAAGAAAAAACAAGAGGCUAAAAAUCAAGCCUAAGCCUAAAGAGCGCUCUCAGCUGGAUGAGUUGUUGGCAGUUUCUCUGCGAGAGGAGGAACUGAACAGCUCUCUGCAGGCAGUGGAUAACAGUUUGAUCGAGGCUCGAGCAGCCCUGCAGGCUGCCUAUAUGGAAGUUCAGCGUUUGCUCAUGGUCAAACAGCAGGUAACCACAGAGAUGAGUUCCCUGAGGACCAAGCGUAUCGAAAUUCUACAAGGGUUACAAGGAGAUUCUGUUUUGCCACCAACAACAAGAAAAUCUGAUGAGAACUUGACCACUGCACCAGUCCUGCCAUUGCCCUCUAUGGCAUCGCCUGAACAUACUAUCAAACCCAAUAAUCCAGCUACUACCUCUUCUAUCCUCUCACCAUCACUUGCCUCUAGCCCACCUGUUUUUGUGGUCAAACAGGAGCGUUUGUCACCUAUGACUGUUACCCCAGCACCAGAGGCUACAGACAGCCUACUUACUGGCCCUACCAGUACCACACCAGAGCAAUCAGCAGCCACUGCCACUGAGACUGGUUUGGCGUCUGUCUGUUUAGAUGCUACUGUAAAGUGCAACCUUAAUGUAAAGCUGUGUCAGAAAAAUAUAGAAUGUGUCCAGGAUCACGGGAUACAGCUGUCUCCUGCCCAACAACCUCAUCCUACUUCUCAGGAACAUACUCUAGACCCGCCGUCAUCCCCAAACUCUGCUAGCCCCUUACAUAACCCAGUCACUCCCAAGUGCUCUCCAACGCGCAAUAGCACAGAAACUAAGGAUGGGAAACGUAUAAAAAGAAAGAUGAAGAAAAAGAGGGACCUGAGAAACAUGCAGGGAAGCAAGGAGUCUGACGUAAGUGAUUCAGAGCUAGAUGCCAGCAAACCCUCACGGCCUGUCCGGAAGCUCCGUCCUCGCCGGCACAACAGUGGCAACUGCACUUCCCCUCCUGCUGCUGCUGCUGCUGAAGAAAAAGAGGAAAGCAUGGAAAUAACAGGUACACCGGAUUCUCCAGAGACAAGGGGACCAGCCCCGGCUCCUGCCGGAAAGGAGACUCAGGACUCCGACUCCUCAGAGCUGGAGAUGGUGGAGCUCCCCCAGGCUGCACCUACAGAAGUGGUUAAUCUGGACUCCUCUGACCCAGAAGAGGAAGAAAAAAACCCUCCUCAAGUCUCCAAGGAGUCUGCAACAGAGAUGGCACAAACCCAGAAUGUUGCAUGUAAUGAGGUCACCUCCACCAGUGAAAUUGACAUCAGCAGUGUAGUCACAAGCUGUGAAAGUGCAAAGAAUGUGACUCUGGCAGUUAUGAAGGAGUCUAAAGCAUCUUCCGAAGCAUCAUCAGAUGCUGGUGAAGAAGAGAUGCCAACUGAGGGCUCAUUUGAAGGCCAUCAGGAGGCAGUUAAUGGAAUGCAGAUCCAUAAUGGCUUGCUGUACACCUGCUCAGGAGACCGCACUAUACGAGCCUUCAAUCUGAUUAGUCGUAAGUGUGUGGCAGUCUUUGAUGGGCACAGCAGUAAGGUAAACUGCUUGGUAGUGUCAUCUGGACCUGGCUUGCCACAGCGACUCUACUCCGGAUCUAGCGACCAAACCAUCCGCUGCUAUGAUGUCAAGACCAGAGAGUGUGUGCAGCAGCUCAGCCUCCCGGACCGUGUGCUUUGCCUCCAUAACCGUUGGAGUGUGCUCUACGCAGGGCUUGCCAACGGCUCGGUGGUCACUUUCAGCCUCAAGAACAACAAGCAGCUAGAUGUGUUUGAGUGCCAUGGUCCACGGGCAGUGAGCUGCUUGGCUACAGCGCAGGAAGGAGCACGGCGCAUCUUACUUGUUGGCUCUUAUGACACCACCAUCAGUGUAAGAGACGCCAAGAGUGGCCUGCUGCUGCGUACCCUAGAGGGGCACACUAAAACAGUUCUUUGCAUGAAGGUGGUGAAUGACCUAGUCUUUAGUGGAUCCAGUGACCAGUCUGUCCAUGCACACAAUAUACAUACGGGGGAGCUUGUAAGGAUUUAUAAGGGCCACAGUCACGCUGUCACUGUUGUGGCCAUACUGGGGAAGGUGAUGGUCACAGCAUGCCUGGACAAGCUGGUCCGUGUGUAUGAGCUACAUUCUCACGACAGGUUACAGGUGUAUGGAGGACAUUCAGACAUGGUGAUGUGUAUGGUCAUUCAUAAAAGCAUGAUCUACACAGGUUGUUAUAACGGGAAUGUACAGGCUGUCCGGCUGAACCUGAUCCAGAACUACCGCUGCUGGUGGCAUGGAUGCUCGCUCAUCUUUGGUGUAAUGGAGCACCUGCAGCAGCACCUGUUGAAUGACCACACCAGCCACACGCAGCAGAUGCUUAAGUGCCGCUGGAGGAACUGUGACUCCUUCUUCAACUCCCGCAACGGCUUCAAACAGGCCGUGCAAGCUCACAUGCAGAAACAUGCAGAGGAGGACAGUAAAUUGGAGUCUUGAGGGGUCCUGGUAAGGUCAACCUAGACGAUCCAAAUAGCCUUCUCUUCUCCCAUAUUGGGAAGAUCUCAUCUACAUCUCAGGAUAGGAGCUCUUUCCUUGCAACAUUUUUCUACGUAUAAUCAGAUACCAACAGCUAUCAUGUUAGAAGAAGAGGACUAUCUACUGGUACAGUUCUAGAUGACACUUCUAAAUACUGCUUUGUAGGAUUUUAUGUAAAGUUGCAUAGAAAUUACAGACAGUAAAUAUGUUAACAUAUUUUGAAAAAGCAAAAAAAGCUGGCUUUUUCUGUGUCAAUUUACUGCUCAGUUGAUGUGCUAAGGCUUUUGGCAUCCAAAGGUUCUUCACGUUUUUUUAGCUGUGCGAGUCCUUCUCUUUUACUUAAGCUGCUGGUAAUCUGAUGUUGCCAGUUAAACCAUUUUCUCGUUCCUCUUAUCCAUCAACACUGUAAUCUUAUCUCUUUGUAUGAAGAACGACUAAACACCAUAUGAUAAUUCUGUCAUCUUCAAGGAAAAGAUAACAGAUGUACAGGUUAUGGAUAACAGAUCUCUUACUAUUCUGUACUCACCUGAUUGUACACAGUAUUAUCAGCUCUGGGAAAUAAUGACCAAAUAACGACUAAGAAUUAUAAAAGAACUUUGUGAAAGACAAAAAAACUGUAAAAAAAAAAAAAGAAAAAAAAAGUAUUGGACAGGCCAGAAGAGUUGUUGCUGCUGCCCCCUUCUGCCCAAAAAAGCACACCUUUUUCAUUACAUUUUAUGGCAUGGGUUCAAGAAUGUUUUUCAUUUUAAGUGUUUAAAGGUUUAAACGCAUGUAACUCCUUCCUUCUUGAGCAACAAGGUUUCUUUUCUUUCUUUUUAGAUUUUUUUUAACUAGAGAUGUUUUAUCAAGACCCCCAUUCUUUAUAAUUCACUCACUGGUCAGAUAAGGACAUUGUUUCAUAGUUAUUCUACACCAAAAAAAAGUAGGACAACUAGGAUUUAGUGAAAUGUGCUUACAAUUUAUUAAUAUUUUAAAAGAGGGUGGUCAGUUUUUUUGUUCUUUAAUUUCUUUUUCCUUAAAAAAAUUUUUUAAGUCGCAUUUACAUAGACCUAUAUUAUGUUGAUGUAAGGUUGUUUUAGGUUGAUUAUAAUUUUUUUCCCCUCUAUCUUUUCAUGUGAUAUGGUUGCUCGUUGAGGUUUAGGUACAGUGGAGGGACUGAUUGUUUGCUGCAACAGAAUAUUGCUGUUUGAGGAAAUGUGUUUGCUGUGAUAGUGGCAGGUCCUGAAAUACUAUUUGAUGGUCGGAGUGUAUAAAUUACUAUGAUCAGAAUGUUUGGGAGUGUGCUUAUGCCCAAGUAUUACAGUGCAGUAUUGCUGGUUUAACUUGGAUUUUUUUUCCACAAACAAAAAAAUUCUCACAUAAUCAAGAGAAUUUUAUAUUGGCCUCUGCCCUUUUGUGAAACUUUAUGCAGACAUUUAUAUGGAUGUGGGUGGAGCUGCAUGUAGCCUAACUCUAAAACACACAUUUGACUGAGUGUGUGUGCGUGUGCGUGUGUGUGCGUGUGCGUGUGUGUGCGUGUGUGUGUGUGUGUGUGUGUAUUGCAAGUUGUUUAUGUGGUUAAUGUGAUUAGGUGUUUUAUGAAAUUGAGAGUGUAGUAAUAGAACCCCUCUCCCAUGCCACAGAACUCAGCACACAGAGCCACACAGAACCGCACACAUUUUUUUGGUUUUAGCAAUAUGACUUAAAACAUUUAUAAACAUUUUAAAAUCAGGACUGUGAUCUUUCUUAAAGUCUUGCCCCUUUGGUCUACAUUUUAACUAUCCUACCCACUUCACUGCAGAGUUUUGAUAUACAGUACUUUUUCUCACCCUUGGUCGCAACAACCAUACAUAUUUCUCUCUGACAGUAUUCGGGGCAGUUUGUCAACAUCUUAUCUGGCCUUCCCAAAGUUGGUUUGUUUGUUUUUUGUUUGUUCAUUUCCACUGAAUAUCUUGUUAUAAUAAAAAUACAUUUACAGUUUUGUCAA